AUGGAAGUGCGCCUCUCUGCACACCCUCAUGACUUGUUGGUGGGGUUGGGAUUGCCUUCGAAGGAUAAGUCAACAACAGCCCAGAACACUUCUCCCCCUCCUGAAGUUGUCACCACUACUCCUGCGACUUUACCCCUUCCAGCCAGGGUUACUAGAGCUGCUUCGAAGAAGGGGUCUCCACAAGAAGAGUCUCCCAAGAGAACCGAGACUUUAGCUAUUCUCAAGAAGAAACAACAACAAAAAACAAAAAGGAGACUAGUCCUUCCUCCUAAAGUACCUGAAUCUCUUGAAGAAGAAAGAGAGGUUGAGCCAGAGAAGGAAGUGCCCUUACAAAGAACAAAGAGACAAAAGGUAGCUGUAUCUUCAUCUGAUGCCAUUGAAAAUCCUGUUAGCGAGGCAACCACCAUAAUAGCGGAGAAAGAACUUAUCUCUGGAGAGUCUGAACCCCGAUCUGAAGAAGGGGAGGUUGGAAAAGAAUUGGUUGUAUCUCUGCCAAGGGAGAAGAGAAAGAAAAUGACUGUUCCUGUCACUGACCAUGUUGAGGACUCUACUCAUAAAGCAGCUGCCAAGGCAGUCGAACAAGAACAUUCCAAGGCAAUCGUUGUAUUUGAGAGGGCCAAGAAAAGAUGGCAAGAGCAAAUGCUAAGAGAGGAAGCUGCUACUGCUUGCGGAUGCAACACAAGGGGAAAUGCUUGUGGUAUUGAAGUUCAACAUUGUUCUGCAUUUCUUCUUUUUGCAGCUAGGGGUGUUCGCGGAUCGCCAUACCUCCCUUUUUUAGCUCGUAAACUACCUCAAUCUACUUUUCCUUCGAACCUUGCUCUUUCUCCAUCCUUUAUAGAAACUCCAACUGCUAACCUACCUCAAUCUAUUUUUCCUUCAAGCCUUGCUCUUUCUCCAUCCUUUGUAGAAACUCCAACUGCUACUCCAUUCCCACUGGCAGUUGAUUCUUUCACAGAAAACACUGGUAGCCCUUCAAUUCAUGGUUCAUCACCAAUGCCCACUUCCAGUCCCUCUCCUGUUAGCGAGGCAACCACCAUAAUAGUGGAGAAAGAACUUAUCUCUGGAGAGUCUGAACCCCGAUCUGAAGAAGGGGAGGUUGGAAAAGAAUUGGUUGUAUCUCUGCCUAGGGAGAAGAGAAAGAAAAUGACUGUUCCUGUCACUAACCAUGUUGAGGACUCUACUCAUAAAGCAGCUGCCAAGGCAGUCGAACAAGAACAUUCCAAGGCAAUCGUUGUAUUUGAAAGGGCCAAGAAAAGAUGGCAAGAGCAAAUGCUAAAAGAGGAAGCUGCUACUGCCGAUGCAACACAAGGGGAAAUGGUAAGAAGGCAGCAGACUGCUGGACAUUACUCUCUCCGCAGUUCUCCCAUCAGUACUAGCGCCUCUGGAACAACGACAACUACUGCACUCACCUUUCCAAUAAGGCCUUCCUCAAUUUCGGUUGAAGUUGAUCAAAUGCAAAAUGUCAGGGUUGUUCGAAUCAUACUUCCACUUCCAAAACCUAUAUUUGACGUACCUUCCUUAAGUCCCAGUAUUCCUGCAUCUCCUUUUCUUGGAUUAAAGCCAUACCUCCCUUUUUUGGCUCGUGACCUACCUCAGUCUACUUUUCCUUCGAGCCAUGCUCUUUUGUCAUCCUUUACAGAAACUCCAACUGCUGCUCCAUUCCUAGUGGCAGUUGAUUCUUCCACAGAGGACACUGGUAGCUCUUCAAUUCAUGGCUCAUCACCAAUGCCAACUUCCAGCUCCUCUUCACUUGAUUUGCUGGUGGCCAAAACCAUAGAGACUGCCAAAGAUGCUCCAUCCGUUUCUCCCAUCCCCAUGCAGCCCUUUGUGUCUUCCACCACAACACUCUCUAUGCCCUUCAUGUCAAGGGAUGAGGUAGACAUUUUUGAAGGAAGACUAGCUAGUCUCUUUGACACACCUUCUACCUCUCCCACCUCUACUGCUGAAGCUGAACCAUUAGCCUUGGCUGACUCCCUUUUGGAAAUCUUCGAGAGUUCUCCUUCCUCCAGCAACAAGCCUUUUGCACCUUCAACCUUGGAGGAUCAAGCCGAGGCUGCUAUCAAAGCUCAAAAUGUUGCCGAAGAAAAGGCGGAAUCCGCUAAGGCUAUUAGGAAGGUUCUCGAGGCCCAAAAAGGAGAGGCCGGGGAAAAGAUGUCUCAGGUCCAGAAAGAACUUCAGGAUGCUCUAGCAAUAAAAGAGGCUGAAGUCAAGGCCGCCGAUGAGAAGGGGUAUAAUGAGGGGGUGGCCGAUGUCACGGCGGAUUACGAAAAACAAGAUGAGGAGGGUGAGGAGGUGCCCAAGGAUGCUAUACCUGAGAAGGCAUCUUCAGAUGUGCCUCUCGCCGACAAGAGCCUCGAUCAAACCCUUCAAGAAAUCGAUGCCAAGCUUGCGGCCGAGAAGGCUGCCGAAAUGUCUUCCCAGCAGUCGUUUGAACCAACCAUCUGCUGUUGCUGA